AUGCCUGCUGUUCAAGGCGAACUCAAGGACGCCCAAGAGGCUGUCAUUGACUCUUUAGGCUUCCAGCAGCGACAAAUAUCGUUGGAGUAUCCACAGGGGACGCAGCAGCACGGAUAUGAGCAGCAACAACAGGAGCAGCCGCAGCAGCAGCAGCAGCGCGAAAGUGGAGGCUCGAGCUUUUCUUCCUCCUAUCAUACCUUGCUCUCUGUAGGUAAGGAAUUGCUUCAGCAGCAGAUGAAGCAGAAGCAACAGCAGCAGCAUUGUGUAACCGAUUCAUCGAAAUUGAUGGAGCUGCUGCUGCAGCUCCAGCAGCAGCAGCAGCAACAGCAGAAUGGGCAGGCGCACGAAGCUGACGUCAGCAGCACAGGGGCACCUGCAAGUGAAGCAGCAGCUAUGGCAGCAACAAGCUCAACAACAACAGAUACUGCAACAGCAGCAGCAGACACAGCAGCAUCUCCUGCUGCUGCAGCAAAAGAAGAAACACUUCAAGUCGCAGCACAGCCUACAUAUCUAGGGGCAGCAGAGUUAGCAGCACAACUAGCAGCAGCAACAGCAGCAACAAAAGCAGUACCUGCUGCUGCAGUAUCAACAACAGCAGGAGAUGCUGCCUCAGCAGCAACAGCAGCAGCAACAACAACAACAACAGAUAGGCACGCAUUUAUGCAGCAGCAGCUGCUCAUGGCAAAAACACUUUGUUAUAAUUUAUCUGCUGCUGAUGGCGAGGAAGAAAGGCAAACCUCUCUUUUCUAUUGGAGAGAGACAAGGGUAGGUUCUCAGGCUGCUGCUGCUGCUGCUGCACUUGGUGCUGUCCGCAUGGCUGCUCAUGCAGCAGCAGCAGCAGUAGAAGCAGCAGCACACGAGACAGUCCCUGCAGACACAGCAGCACCCGCUGCUGCUGCGAGUCCGUCAGAGAAUGCAACAACAAGCACGAGCAGCCAAGACUCUGAAGAGCACUUAGCAGCUGCAGCACGCCUGCAGCAACAGCAGCAGCAACAGCAACAAAAGAAGCAGCAACAGCAGCAACAGCAGCAGCAGCAGCAAGAGCAGAAUAUGCGGCGGGAGCAGAUACGCAGCUCUGCAAGGCGUUGCUAUACACCUGCUGCCCGCCUCUUCUUAGACGUACAACCAUUGGAGUGCAGCAGCAGCAAUAACAACAGCAGCAGCAGCAACAACAGCAACAGCAGCAGCAACAAUGGUACCAAACACAGUGGCAGGCGAAACAGCAGCAACAGCAGCAGCAACAGCAGCAGACGCAGCGCCUCACACGAUGCCUUAAUGGUCACCGCAGCAAAACAGGCUCGAGGCAGUCAGUGGCUGCCUACGGCUCGAGAGGGCGCCUCAGCAGAACAAACACUAGCAGUAGCAGCAGCAGCAGCAGCAGCAGCAACAGCAGCAGCGGCGACGGCCGCAACCUCCCCAGCAGCAGCAUCAACACACCUACUGAAGACAGCAACAAGCGCUACGGCAGAAGCAGCAGGCGAGACAGCACCAGCACCAGCAGCAGCAUCAUCAUCAACAGCAGCAGGAGCUGCUCCUGCUGCUGCUGCUGGUGCUGGUGCUGCUGCUGCUGAACCAGUGCGCAUUGUACAGGAUGUACUGUACCUCUAUCCUAUGUGCCCAAAGCGGCUGACGGUCUCAGCUGUAUGUACACCUCAUCUUGUUCAAUCUCUCUUAGAACACAAAACAAAAUUAGGAGAUAUUUUCGAUAGUGGACAGGACCAACUGUACCACCGUGCACGUGCUGCUGUAUUUCCUCAAGAUUCUUGCGGGUCUGUCCGUCAUAAGAAUAGAGCAGGAGAUAAGGUAGAGGAAUUGAAUCUUUGUGCAGAAAGGUGGUGUAGGCGUAACUGCAGCAGCAGCAACAGCAGCAGCAGCAGCAGCAGCAGCAGCAGCAGCAACGGAAAGGUCUGCUGCGGGCUCGUUGGGGCACUGCGAAAGGUGCCGCCAUCAGCAGCUGCUCCUUGCAGCACUACUGUUCAAGGCGGUGAGCAGCAGCAAGGCGCAGCAGCAAAUGGAGCAAGAGGACAUGAUGCACCUGCUACAACAACAACAACAGCAGCAGCAGCAGCAGCAGCAGCAGGAGCAGCAGCAGAUGCCCCACCUGAGAGGAAGCCCGUCCGUGUAUUCAUAGACCUUUGUGGGGGACCAGGGGCUUGGAGUUUGUAUUUACUGGGCAGAACAGCAACAACAGAUCGUGCUGCAGCAACAGCAACUGCAGAAGCAGCAGCAGCAGCAGCAGCAGCAGGGGGACCGCAUGCAGACAACAAACUGAACAACGGCAUGACAAACGACAAGGAUUUGUUUGCUGCUAUUACAGCAGAAGUACUGCGCCGUCUAGCAGAAUCCCAGAGUCGAAUGGAGCAGCAGCAGCAGCAGCAGCAGCAGCAGCAGCAGGCGGAGGUCUAUGGACUUGGAAUAACUCUUAUGUUACCAGAUACAGCACCACUGGAUAGCUGGUAUGCAGCCCUAACCAGCAACCCCCGAUUCACACCGCUGUGGGGCGGGGAUGGCACUGGCGACCUCUGCGCCCCCGGCAACAUCGAGAGUACAGCGCAAGCGGUGUUUGAAUUCUUGAGGUCAAAGCAGCAGCAGCAGCAGCAGCCGCAGCAGCAACAGCAGCAACAGCAGCAACAGCAGCAGCAGCAACAGCAGCUGGGCUCGAAUACGCAGGGAAGACAGCACAACCUGGCAGACCCUGUGCCAGGGUUUGAAGAAGGCGUCACUUUGGUUAUGGCAGACGGCGCGGCUGUUACCAACCCGAAUGAUAUUUUGCAUCAAGACGAAACUCUUCAAGAACUUUUUUCUGGUCGUUUGCUGCUGGCAGAAUUUCUUGCUGCGCUGCUGCUGCUGCAGCAAGGAGGACAUUUUGUUAUAAAGAUCUUUGAUUCCUUCUCUGUAUUCACUGCAAGUCUGGUGUACGCAGUGGAAGAGUUGCAGGAGCAGCAAAGGGGGAGGAACCGCGGGUCCAAGCACAAGCCGCCGCAGCAGCAGCAGCGCCAGCAGCAGCAGCAGCAACAACAACAUAACUAUCACAACAGCAACAACAGCAACAGCAACAGCAGCUACAACAACAGCAGCAGCAGCAACAUUCCUCCUCUCUCGUCUCCCAUACACAAAAUCCUCGAGCAACUAAGACUUUGCCGAGGCCCGCCUAGCAGCAACAGCAGCAGCAGCAGCAGCAGCCGCAGCAACAAAAGAUCCGCAGGCAGCAACAACACACCAACACUAGCAACAAAAGCAAGCAGGCAUUUUCCUCAGCGGCAGCAGCAACAGCGGCAGCCACAGCAGCAGCAGCAGCAGCAGAAGCAGGUGCAGCAGAUGCUACAGCAGCAGCUGCUACAGCAGCAGCAGCUGCAGCAGCAGCAGCAACUCAGGGACCUGCACUCACCUCUCGACAGGUCCAAAGCAUUCCGUACCCCCAACAGUAACAGCAGCAGCAGCAGCAACAACAGCAACAGCAGCAGCAAUUGCUGCUUACCUGAUGGACUGCAGCAACAGUGGCAGCAGCAGCAAAAGAGAGACAGGAAUAAAGAACUAAUGCAGCAGCAGCUGCGGUACCUAGAGCAGCAGCUGCAGCAGCAACGAGAGGACCAGAAGAAGCAGCAGGAGCUGCAGCUGCAGCUGCAGCUAAUGCAAAUGCAGCAGCUGCAGCUAAUGCAGAUGCAUAGACAGUUCACACCUGUUAAUCCAGCAGCACUGCAGCAGCAGUUGCUGCUGCAGCAGCAACUGCAGCAACAGCAGCAAAUGCUGCAGUUGCUCAAACCACAACAACAACAAAUGCAGCAGCUCCAACAGCAGCAACAGCAGCAGCAACAGCAGCAGCAAGCUGGCAUCUACAGGCAGCAGCUGCAAGGCACUUCAUUGGCGCAGCAGCAACAGCUGCUGCUGCGGCAGCAGCUGCAGCAGCAGCAACAUCGACAGCAGCAGCAAGCAGCUAAGAAAGGAGGAGACCGCACGCUUGCUGGUGGCAUGCUGGGGAUGGCUGCAGUAGGAGGGGCAGCAGCAGCAGCAGCAGCACCAACUGCAGCAGCAGCAGCAGCAGCAGCAGCAGCAGUGACUCCUCUGACUCAAGCAAGGCAGCGGCAUAAACAGCAGCAGCAAAACCCGCAGCAGCAGCAGCUGCUGCUGCAGCAGAUGCUGCUGAAGCAGGGGGGGCAGCACGGCGCGUUUGCUGCAGCAGAAUUGAAGAAGACACAAGCGGUGUCUCCGUCUAUGAUGGUGGCAGCAGGGCAGGAGCAGCAGCAGCAGCAGCAGCAGCAGCUACUGUUGCUGCAGCAGGAGAGAGACAGGCUUGCGCUGCAGCAGCAGCAGCUUGAGGAGCUGCAGCAGAAGUUAAUGAAGGCCACAUCCCUAGGCCUUGAGGGGCAGCAAUAA